CGCAGAGUCCCUCAAUGGCCGCCUCUUGCUCGCUAUCCCAAAGAAAGGACGCUUGUAUGACAAGUGCAUUGAACUCCUCGCAGGGGCCGACAUACAAUUUCGGAGACAUGCACGGCUAGACGUCUGCCUCGUCAAGAACCACCCCAUGGCCCUCGUGUUUUUGCCCGCGUCCGACAUUCCCUCCUUCGUCGGCAAGGGCAACGUUGACCUCGGCAUCACCGGCCACGAUGUCAUCCUCGAAUCCAAGAUGCAAGACCACGUCGCGGAGGAGCUCCGGCUCGGCUUCGGCAAGUGUGCGCUGCAGGUGCAGGUGCCCGAAUCCGGCCCGAUAAAGUCCAUCGACCAGCUCGCGGGCAAGCGCAUCGUCACCUCGUUCGAAGUGCUCGCCGGCGAGUACUUUGACAAGCUCGAUCAGAAGCUGAACCUCGCGGACGAUGCGAAAACGAAGAUCGAGUACGUCGGCGGCAGCGUCGAGGCCGCGUGCGCCCUCGGAUUGGCGGAUGGGAUCGUGGACCUUGUCGAGUCCGGCGACACGAUGCGCGCUGCGGGCCUGCACGCGAUCGCGACGCUGCUCGACACCGAGGCGGUGCUCAUCAGGUCCAAGGAGCAGAAGCACCCCGAGCACGCAUCCCUUAUCCGCCUCAUCACGAGCCGCAUAGCGGGCGUCGUCGCUGCGGGCCGUUACGUCGUCUGCGAGUACAACAUUCUCCGCGAAAAGGUCCACGACGCGACCGCGAUCACGCCCGGCCGCCGCGCAGCGACGAUCAGCCCGCUCGAGGACGGGGACUGGGUCGCGGUCAGCUCGAUGGUGCUCAAAAAGCAGAUCGCAGACGUCAUGGACCGCCUCGUCGCGAUUGGUGCGGAGGACAUCCUGAUCUUCAACUUGGAUAAUUGUAGAGUGUAGCGCUGCAGUAAAGUUUAAACGCUGUAUUGUAUGUAAUACUACGUGCGUCGUCUGUGCGAU